AUGGAGCAAGAGCCAGUGCCCCUCACUCAUGGCAGACAUGAGAUGCUGACCCCAGUUGCGUGCUUGAACGGUCGGGUUUUUGACGACGAUCCCGUCAUUACCUACAUGCUGCUGGACAUGCCAACGGAAGAGCGACUAGCGUACCUCCCGACGUACUGGUCCGUUCUCGUCAAGUCUGCUUUGCUCAACGAUGCGAUCAUCACCGAGGCCGAUGGCUGGAAAGCUGCAUCUGUCGUUACUCCCCCGGGUAGACAUGUGGACAAUGUGUGGACUCUCUUCUAUGCUGGCUUCUUCUGUGUGCUAUGGAAAAUGGGGCUUUCUGGGUUCAAGCGUCUCUGGUCUGAGUUCUCAGGCAUGACCGACAAUGCGAAGAAAAUCGGCCUCCACGGGCAGAAGCGGUACUAUUACAUCUUCAGCAUAGGGACCGAGGUCGAGCACCGGGGGAAAGGUCUCGCCAAAACCAUCAUGCGCGAACACAUGAGGAGGGCUCAACUCGAAAACGUCCCCAUUUGGCUGGAAGCCACGACACCCAACUCACGGAAACUAUACCUCUCGAUGGGAUUCGAGGAGAUCGAGGAGAUCACACUUGGGAAAGACAAAGUCGACAGAAAUGCGAAUCUUCAGCCUGGUGGCCCGGGUGUACCGCUCUGGGCGAUGGUCUGGUGGCCUGAACAGCAAUCUGGUCAUACCUCUUCAUCCUAA